UUACCAUUCCUCCUCACUCACUCCACCCAUUUUUACCAAAAUUAACAAAAAAAUUAAAUUAAAAUAAUUAGCAUAAUAAAAGCCCUCAUUUAAAUCCGACACCUUCCCCCAACACUCCAAAAUCCCCCUUUCCCCCUCUCUUUUUCUCUUUCCUCCCAUCCAACAAAAAUGUCUCACCGGAGAUUAGACGACAACCACAACGAAGGCGGCGGAAAUAGCGACAUGAGCCCUGGCAUUCUCAUUAUAGUUCUUGUACUUGCAAUCGCCGUAAUCCUAUCUGCCUCUCUUUACCUCUUCCUCCGCUUCCUCCGCCGUCACCGUCGUAAUAUUACCACCGCCGCAACAUCAACAACCAUAAACACAAACCUUCCUGUUUCUCUCUCCACCCGCCAUGUAAACCUCCAUGUGUCUCCCUCCAUUGACAAUAAUCCGCUUCUUGACGCUCUUCCUCUGUUUACAUUCGACUCGUUGAAAUCCAGCGGCGACUGUGCUGUUUGUUUGUCGAAGUUUGAGGAGAAGGACCUUCUUCGUCUUCUUCCAAUUUGUUGCCACGUUUUCCACGCUGAUUGUAUCGACACGUGGCUAAAUUCCAACCAAUCAUGUCCGCUUUGCCGGUCGCCGGUUAUACUACCGGAAUCGGAACUUCUUGCAAAACUCGGAGAUUAUAAUCCGGAGGUGCUGUCCGGUUCAAGAAGCUUCCGCGUCGAGAUUGGAAACGUCAGUCAACGGAACUCCGGGGAGAUUCCUGUACAGAGAAGUUACUCUCUCGGCGGGAAUUUCGAUUACGUCGUCGACGACGUCAUCGUUUCCCAAGUUAAUUCCGGUUCGUUUCGUCGAACUUCAUCAACAACAGAGUUCAAGGUGGACGACCACGAGUACAACCACAACGAGCAGGCGGCUUUAGCGGCUGAGGUAGGAAGACGUGGCGGCGGUAGUACUGGUGGCGGAUGGUUGAAGGACUAUCUUAGCCAUUCUCUCUCCUCGUCAUUUCGUGGGUCUGGGAGAUGGUUUUUUACAGGGAGUAGUAGGAGAGAGACGGGUGAGUUAGGAGUGGACAACCGAGUUCCUGAGUUGGACUUGGAAGCGAGUCGACUCGGUGAUGAAAUCGGGGAGUUGUUUAGAUGGCUGUCCGGGGUGUGAUGGCAAUUUCAUCUAGAUCCGGGGUAUUAGAGAUAGAAUCCAGCUCGGAAAAAACUAGGGAAAUUAGGUGGAAAGUGGGGAUUUCAGUUCGUCGGAAAACCCUAGAAAUCGGAGUGAAAAAGUGGGAGGAUAGAGAAAGUUUGCAGGAAGCUGUUGUUGUUUUGGUACUGUAAUUUGUUUUUACUACCACAAAAUUUUGGGUGUAUAGAUAUGGAAAAAAUUAACUUCCAGAAAUGAAGAUCAAAAAAUUAUUUUGUUGCUA